AUGGGAGACCAAUUCCAAGAUAUCUUGAUUCCCGAACAUUAUAGAGAUGAGCUCGAAUAUGUCGACAUCAAGGACAGGCGCUCAGAUGAGGAAAUCUUGAAGUUCCUGACGCAAUGGUCACCCGUCACUUCAGAGAAAAAUAUUUGGGGCUUCUGGCACGCCGGACUCUCCCAUAUGCCUUCGUGGUGCCAGAGAAAUGUAAUAGACUGGGUGCGCAUCAAUCCGGGCUGGUCGAUUCGGAUCCUCGACAACAUCCCAGACUCGCCUCACUACGCGCUCAAAUACGUCUCAAAAGAUCUUCUGCCGAAGUCGUUCGUGGAAAGGAAAAUAGACGGCCCCUGGUCUGCUCCCCACUCUGCGGACCUUCUCAGGGGUGCCUGUCUGUAUACCUAUGGUGGCGCUUGGCUAGACGUUGGCGCAAUUUUGGUUCGAAGUAUAGACAGGAUAUGCUGGAACAAACUGGAGGAUCCAGACUCGCCGUUUCGGGUUGCUGCCCCAAUAAUUCUGUCGCAAGCUAUAGCGAACCAUUUCAUUGUCUCUAGGAAAGGGGAUCCUCUUAUCAAGAGAUGGCACGAUCUUUUCGUCUACCUCUGGAACGACAGAAAUAAUGCCGAUGGGCUCAUCAAGCAUCCAAUCUUGGCCCCAUCGGUGCCAGACUUGAUGGCCGAGUACGGAGCUGUUGCAGACAACCUCUGGGAUUGGAAGGUGCCCAACGAGAAGGCUGCAGAAUAUGUUACGCAGAUAGCCACCUGGUAUCAUGUGUGCCGCCUGGAAGACUCAGGCGACGGAUUCUCUCCCACUGACCACUGGCAGAAUCAUGUGUUCGGCUUCAGCACACUUGAAGAUUGGCCCGUUGAGGGGAUCCUAGGCUUUGCGGGCUCAGGGCAGAAGAUUCUGGACCUUCUUGCUCUGAGGCGCGAUGGGGAUCCGGCUUCUGAGCAACACAAGCAAGCAGAGAGGCUCGUCUGGACGAUCUUGGUCAGGUCCUGCAAGCAGAAAGUGACGCAUGGUGCCGGUAUGACCCACACGCCACUUCUAGGCUGUCUCUGGGAUAUGCCGGAGAAUGAAGGGAAGGACACGGCGCCAGGGACGUUUGGAGAGCUAUUGAGGUACGGAUCGGUCUACUUCAGACAGAGGAGGGAGAGCGUGCCGAGGGUCCCGGCUCAGAAGCCACCGGUCACUUGGAAAAGGGGGCUUUUUGAGGCAUGA